GUAUAAAAACGGAGGCAUGGGGGGGCCUGGAACGCAGAGCGGUUUGGUCGUUAGUCGGAGGAGCUUCUUCUAUUAGUUCGGCGACUGCGGCUCUUCAUUGGGCAGCAGGAGCGGCGCGGCUGUCGGAGAAGCGGCGUAAAAUUUCGGCAUUGGGUGAAAGAAAAUGGCCCGAACCAAGCAGACUGCUCGUAAGUCCACGGGUGGCAAAGCGCCCCGCAAACAGCUGGCCACGAAAGCGGCCAGGAAAAGCGCUCCCUCUACCGGCGGGGUGAAAAAACCUCAUCGCUACAGGCCCGGGACCGUUGCGCUUCGAGAAAUCCGUCGUUACCAGAAAUCCACGGAGCUUCUGAUCCGGAAGCUGCCUUUCCAGAGGUUGGUGAGGGAGAUCGCCCAGGAUUUCAAAACCGACUUGAGGUUCCAGAGUGCCGCCAUUGGUGCGCUUCAGGAGGCUAGUGAGGCGUACCUGGUGGGUUUAUUUGAAGAUACUAAUCUGUGUGCCAUCCACGCUAAGAGAGUCACCAUCAUGCCCAAAGACAUCCAGUUGGCUCGCCGGAUACGGGGGGAGAGAGCUUAAGUGAAGGCAGUUUUUAUGGUGUUUUGUAGUAAAUUCUGUAAAAUACUUUGGUUUAAUUUGUGACUUUUUUUGUAAGAAAUUGUUUAUAAUAUGUUGCAUUUGUACUUAAGUCAUUCCAUCUUUCACUCAGGAUGAAUGCGAAAAGUGACUGACUGUUCACAGACCUCAGUGAUGUGAGCACUGUUGCUCAGGAGUGACAAGUUGCUAAUAUGCAGAAGGGAUGGGUGAUAUUUCUUGCUUCUCAUGAUGCAUGUUUCUGUAUGUUAAUGACUUGUUGGGUAGCUAUUAAGGUACUAGAAUUGAUAAAUGUGUACAGGGUCCUUUUGCAAUAAAACUGGUUAUGACUUGAUCCAAGUGUUUAACAAUUGGGGCUGUUAAGUCUGACCAUACAUCACUGUGAUAGAAUGUGGGCUUUUUCAAGGGUGAAGAUACAAGUCUUAACCACAGUGUAACUUACAGUUUCCUUAUUAAAAAAAAAAAGUAAACCUGGCAGCUAUAGAAUACACUAUGUGCAUUUAUAAUAGCUAUUUUAUAUAUUGUAGUGUCAACAUUUUUAAAUUAAAUGUUUUACAUUCACAUGUGGUGGGGAGUCUUGUCAUUAAGGUGUGUGUAAUAUAGAGUCCGGUUGGUUUUCUCCUAACUAGACUGCACUUGUUUUUCAUACGUAGUAAAAUGCUUUGCGCAUUAUACCUUGCAUAAGUCCUCAUUCUACCACAUGUUGACUAACCCUCUAGCUGAUAAUGCAGACACUAACGGGGGGAUUUAUUUAUAAGGGCUCUAGAAUAUAAUACAAGUUAUUCACACCAGCAUCAUCUGUCACUAAUAAUAGUAGUUAGUGCAGCUUUUCUUUGUGUUGUGGUUGGUCUCAUAACUAGGUUGAGUUUUUCUCUGCCAAGAGGGAACAGUACCAAACUUCUUUUCCUUGUGGAGUUUGUAUUAUAAUAACCCUUAGGCUAAACUUGCUGUGGGGGAGGGACACACAGCUUCAGCUCAUGGAACCUCUGCCGGUUAAAAUGGUGUCAAUCUGGUAUAAGGUCCUGGGAAAAAUCACUUCAUAAAGAUGGCUUUCUAAGUGGUUUUAAAAUUUAUCCUUCUAUUGAAGUUUUCAGGUCAAUUAUGUAUGUUGACUAAAUUUACAAAUAAACUUGUUUAUCCAAUUAAGUGUCAAAAACCUAAAUUGAAUGUUGAAAGCUUAAUACAUCCUUUAUUUAGGUCCUUUAAGUUUAUUUCAGGUUUUGCUUGGUAGACAAAGGAAGCAUAUUUAUUUACAGAAAUAUUUCUACAAAGCAUGUAAACAGCUCUUUGCUCUAUAAAAAUGCCAUGACAGCUGUAUAUGCAGUGUGGGCUUAAGACUGUAUUAAUAUGCUUCUCCCCCCUGCGCCUCUGUUGUGAAGGAAAGUAAAUUUCUUUGAAAUGCCGGGACUCAAAUUUGGGGUCUGUUCCUGAACCUGUUUAUGAAGCACAUUUAUAGAUCUCUUCAUAUAGCGAGUUAUUUUAACACAAGCCCACAGGUAUAGAAUCUUAAGUUAGUCUAAGCCGCUUUUUCAGUAUGAAACUAGUGUUCUUGACCAAUGAUGGCCACCAGUGAAGCAUAGUAUGUCAGCAAGACAUGGGCACAAGAACCACACCAAUCAGACAAAAGAAUUCUGUAUAAUUUGAAGUCAGUAGCUGGAGGAAGUCUCUAUGCUCUGAUAAAACAGUUCGGUGGGGUUUUUUUUUUAAGUUUGGGCUAGUUUCAAAUUUAGGGUUUUAAGGGGUUUAGGAUUGGAAAGAGGCAAGUCAGAUUAGGAUUGGGAAUCUUGGUAAUUUAGUGAGCUUUUUAUGAGGUGUCAAAAUCUGAUACAGUAUAAUGAACUGGUUUCCUAGAAGGUGCAUCAUAAUGAGUUCUGGAACCAAUUCUGACAAUUUACCUGCAUUGUUCUUGUGAAGGACAUUGCAAUCCUAGCCAGUGGAAUGUGGUGUGGAGUGUCUGGCAGUCCCAAACACAAGUAGAGAAACGGCUAUGGCGAUGCGUCUCCUUGAGUUACCCCUCGAGCUAGAGUAGGCGACAAACUUCCUCACCAGGUCUGCAUCCCAAGGUAGGAUUUUACGGGGCAGCUUGGACUCUGCUAAAAUAGUGCAACUUACACUUCCAUACUUCUAAUUUUUAAGCCGACAGGCAGAAAUAUUUUCUGGUUCUAGGAAACUGCCCACAUGUUGUAAUACCCAUGGGUUUAAGUGGUAAAACAGUCUGAAGAGAAAAGCAAGCAAAAAUUGGAGCUGAUGAAGGCAUCCUGUGCUGUUGAUGGAUGAGACAAAAAUAAAGUUUUUAAAGUUUA